ACAGCUGUUUGAAGGGAAAGGAACUAUCGGGAAAAGGUGGGACUAGGGCCGGCAGGUGGAGGUGAACCUGGGAGACCCCUCCGUCCGGCGCCCCUCGGCCACUUCCCGUUUCGUCGAAUCUCAGGCUUUCGAAGCAGGGCGGGCGUUGAUCACGCGGUCAUCCUUGACCGUGCCCCGAGAUCUCGGCCGCCUGUGACUAGGGGCACGGGCGCCGGCCCGGCCGGUGACGUGACCCGUGACGGCACGGCCGGGAGCCGGACCCCUCCUCCCCACCCAGUUAGAGCUGAGCGGCUGCACUUCGCUCUUCCUCCGAGGGCCCCCGAGGCCAGGCAGCCUCCAGUAUGUGGGAAGAGAAAGGACACAGCUGUGGAAACAAAAGAGCAUAAAGAAUACGUGCACGGGAAAUGGGCAACCAAGUAAAGUGAAUAAUAUUGUAACUCACCAUUUCUCCUUGGGAUUUCCUGGCCCCUCUCCUGUUGGACUGGCUGAGCUGACCCAGGCUUGCUGAGGCAGGAUGUUUCUGGUGGGCCUGUCAGGGGGCAUUGCGUCAGGAAAGAGCUCAGUGGUUCAGGUGUUCAGGGACCUGGGAUGUGCUGUGAUUGAUGCGGAUGCCAUUGCCCAUCAGGUGGUAAAGCCAGGUUACCCUGCCUACCAUCGUAUUGUGCAAGCCUUUGGACAUGAGAUCCUGCUAGAGAAUGGUGAGAUCAACCGCCAGGUCUUGGGAAGCAUCAUCUUCCACUCUUCUGAGAAGCGCAAACUGUUGAAUGCCAUCACCCAUCCAGAAAUUCGUAAGGAGAUGCUGAAGCAGAUCCUGAAGUACUUGGUUCAAGGGUACCGAUAUGUGAUCUUGGACAUUCCCUUGCUGUUUGAAACCAAAGCAAUGUUACGGUUCAUGAAGCAUACAGUGGUGGUAUAUUGUGACCCCCAGACCCAGCUGUCACGUCUGAUGCAGCGGAAUGGGCUGAGUCGAGAGGAGGCUGAGGAACGGAUUGCAGCCCAACUGCCCUUGGAAGAGAAGCGCCAACUGGCUCGGCACAUCCUGGACAACUCAGGGGAGUGGGAGGUCACCCGCCGACAGACCCUCCACCUGCAUUCCCAGCUAGAGGAUUCCCUGGACUUUUUACCAUUGAGGCUUGGACUGUUUGCUGGUUUUGUCGGCCUCAUAUACCUAUUCUCUCGGCACCUCCUGCUUUAAUAGUGCCCCUAGCUCUUAAACACCUACCCCCAGAGCAGACAGCUCAGCCUCAUGAGGCUGAGGCUGAGCAACUGGGUUUUGAACACUGCUCGGGAGAAGGCAAUGUUCUAUUCUGUCCUUCCCUCCCACAGAUGGAGCUGUUUCCUCACCCUUCUGUUAGGCAAGCCUCCUGGGCUAAGAGGUUGGAGAAAAGGUUGGCACUAUUGCCACAAAAAAAUGACCUUGGAGGGGGCACCCCUCCUGUGUUAGGAACUAAUUUACCAAUGUCUCUUUUUCCUUACUCUGUCCCAGUGGCUUCUUUGUGCCUUUGGUAGCACCCAUAGUUCGUGCUUUAGGGUGAUUUUUUUUUAAACAAUACAAAAACACUGGUAAGAAUGAUCCUUGGGAGUUAUGAAGAGGUCUGGGAGAGAGAGGUGUUACCCAGCAGCCUUUGUAUCAGUCCAGAGGCUUCAUGGCUCCUGAGAGCUGAAAGAUCCUUGGCACCACCUGACAGGAGAUUGACUUUAAAGAAAGCCUCCUCUCUUCCCUGCUCUCCCUUCAUCUGCAUUUGAAGUAGCUCCUGUGGAGCUGUGGGCAAUUGUAACUCCUUAGGACUAGUGUUGUUCCUAUCUAGGAGUUCAAUAAAUGUCCGUGGAUGAACACUCAGCUGUUCUCAGAGACCGUUUGGCUUUUGCCCUCCACUGCAAGCCCUCAUGGGUGGAUGUGCCUGUAGUAUCCUUUCUGUAGGCCACUGGUUUGGAGCCCAUGCACCCAUUUUUGCAGUCUUGGAUACUUCCAUUUCUGAUGCUAUGCCUACAGUGGAAGGAUGGGCCAUGCCCCUACUGCCUGGUUUCUCUAGUGCCCCCUGCUGGUGAGGUUAGUGCAGCUUUUCCAAGGGGAGUCACUCUGAGCUUGGCAGGCCUGCCUGCUUUGGAUUGAGAGGACCUCCAGGGCACUCAUCUUCCCUGUCGUUACUGCACCCAGGGCAGCUGUGCUGCUUGUGCUGCCCUAGUUAUGCCACUGCCUUGGAGUGACAGCAACAUUUGAACCAAAUGACAAGCACAGGAUUUCUGGAUUUGGUUCAUCACCACCAACGGGGACACAGUCUGUGUCCAGCUUUGGAACUGAUCCGUUUCCCCCCCCCAGCCCCCCGCUUUUCUCUUUCCUACUCCAUACUAGCUCAUCUACUUGGCUAAAGCACACAUCCCUACCUGAGCCCACUAGUGACUCUGGCUCUGCCUCUGCAGCCCCUCCACUUUUCUGUGUUCUUUGCCUCGCCUCCAAUCCUUCUAUCCCUAGGUCUAUUUUGCAAUUAAAAAAAAGUCUUUUCCUUCAGAACAUAGCAGACCUGCUGCUGAUGUGUUCAUCCUGGGGCAGGAGCAUCCUAUUAAGCCCAGAAAUAAUUGUGAUAAAUGUUAAUAGUGCAGUGGCCACAUUUUGUGCCCCUUUCCUCAGAGCUUGUGUGCUU